UGGGUAUAAGACGGUGCAGACGAACGGCUGCGGAUCGCUGCCCGAUUCCCAGCUAACGGUAGUACCGGCACUCAUUGCCGUCGUCUAAGCUGCCGGCCCGAGUAAAGAAGAGCUGUCGGGUUGGAGGCGCACUGUAGUUGCACCCCUUGCCGGUGCGCUCAACUUCGAGCCUGAGCCUGUCCCUUCUGCAUGUCUAGCUUUCUCUGCUAGUGUGCAAUGUCAUGUGUCAGGUCAACACUGUCCGAGAUCGACAGAUGUCGAACCUGCCCUGAUGCGACGAUGCCACCCUAGGAGGGAUCGAACCUCUGCUUUGCUCACUCUCCAGUGACCGCCCUCAUCUUCACUUAGAUGGGAUCUCGUAACCAGAUCCAUCUCCGCCUGAGCAGCUUCGUUGCAAUUUUGGAAGCACCAGCCCUUGGGUAAAAGGAACCGAAAUGGCGCCGCGAGCAGCGAGUAGGCCAGAAGGCCCAGUGGCAGUGCAGGCAGCUGAUACAUCCAGCAGCCAACACAGACGAGAACUCCGCCGCUAUUCCCUACCCAUGGCCAUGUUGAACUACCCAAGCUCGUGGCUCUGGUACGGCCGGAGAGCGCAGCAACCACCUUUUGCCCGUAUUUCCCGGCCACCUGGCAGAGCCCAACAUGCGGCACCCGCCGCCAUAGGAGCCAGGAACAGGACGACAUGCCAGAUAAAUGGAUGCGGAAAGGUCCUCCCACCCGCGGACGCGGCAGCGGUGGAGGAAUAUGCCAUGGAGCACUUGCGCCUGAUCCGGCCGUGGACGAGCGUGAUGAUACACGCGGGACAGCUCACGGCCAACGAGCUCCAGCAGUACUCGGGCUGCUGCGAGGGGUGCGGCGAGACGUGGCCGGCGCGACGCUUUCUCGCCGAGCACGCUACGGGUGACAGCAGCGCAUGCCGAGAAGCGACAGGUACAGGUCCGAUUAGCGCGCAGGCGCACGCCAAAUGCUGCGUCCUUCGGGACCAGACGGAGCGCAGCCUGCCCCAGGUCUCGAUAAAAGCCGCGGAGCAGCCCAUCAUCAGGGUGGAAUGGAGCAAAUACCCCGCGGGACUGCCCAUAAGCCGCACGAGCACGGCAUACAUCCUGUCGAGCGUCGGGGCAACGGGUUCCGAGCAAGGCACGGAAGCUCCGGUGGCCGUCUACCGGCCAGUGCCGAUCGGCGACGUCCUGGGCACGACGGGCGAGUUCAAGGCAGCACACGUGGUAAUCCCACGCCCGUUACAGAAUCAUCAGGGUUCGUUCCCCUCCGGCCCGCAGCCUGGACAAGCAGCUGCGUUGCCUCCUCCACCUGCCAUCAGGACGCGAGCGAGUUCAACGACAUUCGAGUUCCUGCUGGUUUCACCUCAUCCAUUUCCUGCUAGGCAGCAGAUCGGAGCCGAGGUACAUACGCCGCAGACUGACAAGAUCGAGCCGGCGCCGGACUGGAACGGAGAACUGGAGGAUGAGGACGAGACAGGCUCUGACGGCGAUGAGCAAACGUGGAGCGACAGUGUGGAUGGGGAGUGAGCCUAAGCUCACAGUUGAGGGCGGCCCCGAAACUCGACCUGGGUGACAGAGAAGGAACUGAUAAUACACUGCAUGAGAAGCUGGAGAGCUUCGUCUUUAUUA